CACAGAAACAACGCGAACAGACUCCAGCAACAACCAUAGAGCCACAGCGCUUCACAAACUUCUCACAACAAUGAUGGAGUUUUCCUAUCAGUCCAUGAAGAUCGCCCAUCAAGCUCGGGAGGCGGAAGAGGUGAGGACCGAGAUGAGGAAGAAGAACCUCCUCAUCCUCAUCUACCACCACCUGCUGGGACAAGGCUACGUAGCGGCAGCUGUGGCCUUGGACCAGGAGACAAAUGUAGGUGUGAGGAGGUUCGAGGUUUGUGAUAACAUCGAUCUGGAGAUGGUGCUGAUGGAGUACGAGAGUUAUCACUACGUCAAGUUCCAGAAGUAUCCCAAACUUACCAGAAGAGCAGCAGAACCAGGUGGAAGCAGACAUGCAAGAAGUGGUGGAGUUAAAAGGAGUCCCUGUUCAGCUGUGAAGCCUCUUCCCAAAAUCAGCCCGUCUCAGAGCCCACGGUCUGGAAACGGAGUGAAGAGGACAGCUGCUGGUGUAAAUGAGAACGGUUCUUCUGUUGCUCCGGAGUCGUCCGAGUUUGGCCUCAAUGUCUCCUCAAUCAGAAAUGGACACUCUGGAGGAGCAGCAGGGAUCAAGAAGGGCCAGAUUACUGACGGCAAAAGUACAAUUGGCAUCGACUCGGACCACAUGGAACGGCUGCUGAAGCCUCUCAGCGGCUUCUCUGGAGUGAAUGGAGAGAUGAGAGACCUGGCAGCCAUCAUCAGCAGGGACAUCUAUUUGCACAGCCCCAACGUGCGGUGGGAGGACAUCAUCGGUCUGGAGGACGCCAAGCGAUUAGUCAAAGAGGCCGUCGUUUAUCCCAUUAAGUAUCCUCAGCUGUUUACCGGCAUCCUGUCUCCUUGGAAGGGCCUGCUGCUCUAUGGCCCCCCAGGCACAGGUAAGACGCUGCUGGCCAAAGCUGUAGCUACGGAGUGUAAGACGACCUUCUUCAACAUCUCGGCCUCCAGCAUCGUCAGCAAGUGGAGGGGCGACUCUGAGAAGCUGGUCAGAGUUCUGUUUGAGCUGGCUCGCUACCACGCCCCGUCCACCAUCUUCCUGGAUGAGCUGGAAUCAGUGAUGAGCCAGAGAGGAGCUGGAAUGGGCGGUGAACACGAGGGGAGUCGCAGGAUGAAGACGGAGCUGCUGGUCCAGAUGGACGGAUUGGCGAGAUCAGAAGACCUGGUGUUUGUUCUCGCUGCCUCCAACUUGCCCUGGGAGCUGGACCACGCCAUGCUGAGGAGGUUAGAGAAGAGGAUCUUAGUGAGUCUUCCCUCCUCAUCAGCUCGACAAGCCAUGAUCUCUGAGUGGCUUCCUCCUCUCAACUCCACCGGAGGAGUGGAGCUACGAACUGAGCUGGACUAUAAAACACUGGCAAAGGAGAUGGAGGGCUACUCCGGCUCUGACAUCAGACUGGUGUGUAAGGAGGCCGCCAUGAGACCGGUCCGCAAGAUCUUUGAUGCUCUGGAGUCACAUCAGGACGGAGACACCGACAUGCCGGCCGUCCAGCUGGAAACGGUCACAACAGCCGAUUUCCUGGAGGUGAUCGCACACACUAAACCCUCAGCACGAAGCCUGAUGGACAGAUACAUGGCCUGGAAGAGAGAGUAUGAGUCCGUCUGACACUCAGCCAGGCUUUAAAACAGAAAAAAAGACUUCCACACCAACUUCCACAAAUAACUAAGGAUAAUACUGAGUUUUUCUUGAUUAUAAGCUGUUAAUGUUUGUCCCACGUUACUGUGAGUCAGAGCAGAGCAGGUUUCUAACAGCUUGGAGCUUUUCAAAGACAUGAUGAAGGGAAAAAGAAAACCCAAAGUUUUAAAAUAAUGUAGAACAGUAACCUCCUGCUAAUUUAUUUAGUGUCUAUGCAAAAUCCAAUGAAAAACAGUAAAAUAAAAAUGUUUGCUAAUGCAUGUAUUUUUUUAUUUAUGUAUAAUUGUAUACAUCCUAAUAUAACAAAAAAUCUGAUCUGUGAACUGAUUGGCCACCCCGUGUGCCUCUCCAAAAUUUUCGUUGGAAAUUUACAUUACUGAAAUUCCGAUUUCCGACGGUCCUGAACGCAACUUCGUUGUCCCACUGCAACUGAAUGCACCAAUGACGUUAGUUUGAUCUUUUGGUUGUAUUUCGUUUGAUUUGAAGAAGCUUUGAAGACGUUUCCUGAUGCCGGAGGAGAAGACGAGCAACUUUGUACCUUUGCGGUAAGAAGACUAUGGCCGUUUCUCAGUACGUAACAUAGACUGUAUAUAAAGAUAUGUGAUAUAUGCUACGUAACUGUCCGGACUUGGUUCUCACGUACUCGUGAAACGUCAUCAUGGAGACUGCAUUGGACCAGACUAGUGGCAUAGAUAUGAAUCAGUAGAUAAGACACGUCAAUAGAUAUGAAUCAGUAGAUAGGACACGUCCAUUUGAGCUGCGUACUAGAUAUAUAUAGAUCUAUCAUCUAUCAUGAUGAUAGAUGAUAGAUUUAUAUAGAUCUAUGAUAUAUAUAGAAUACUAGAUAUGCUAGCGCGCUGUAGCAGCCAGCUAUGCUAUGUGCCUACGUGGCGGCCAUCUUGGAGGGGGCAACGUUCCGUUAAAAGCAAUCCAUGUACAUUGAAAAUAAAUCAUAAUUUGCUCAUUUCUCAACCGAUUUUCAUGUGGUUUACUUUAUUGUCAAUGUCAAAACAUGUGCUAUUAAUACAGAACAUUUGAUUUUUAAAAAAUGGAAAAAAUCUUUCUACAUUCAGCCAUUACGUAUAUAAAUGUAAAAUUUACAUUGUAAAUAAUUAGAUAUAUUGCUAUAUGAACAAAAAAAAGAUAAAGAUAUACAUAUAUAGAAAAUAUGUUUUUAGAUCAAAAGAUUGAAUUGUAAAGGUAAUCAAAUAAUAAUUUAGAUUUAUUUAUCUAUCUAUCUAUCUACCUACAGCUAUAGGUUGUUAUAUACAUAUAACAUGGAGAUAGAAUAGAACAGAAUAGUUUAUUGCCAUUUACAAGAAACAGGUACGUUGAACUGAAUCAUUAAGCAUGACAAAAAUAAUUUAAAAAUACUUAGACAUACUCUCCUCAGAGCUGCUUCCACUUCCUCCUCAACCCAUAGUCUCUGGGAAACCUACAUGGAGUAAGAAAAGUAGACAAGUAAAUAAGUCUGUACACAACAUAUUUAAAAAGAAAUCAUGCUAAUAAAUUAAGGACAAAGAACCGAAUUAGCCAAUAUACUGGAGACCAAAGCUAUUUAAUUUGAUAAUGUAUAACCUUGUUUAGUAACAUUUCAAUUAUUUGAGAGCAGUCCUAAAGAACUGCCUGUAAUCCCAAUCAUAAAAUGGGUUUGGAGGAAGAACAUAGAUGGUAAUCUGGAUAUAUAUGAGUUAGGCUUUAUAACUACUAUUGGUAGUAUUGGUGGUAGUAAUAGCAAUGUGACUCCUACUAGUAGUAGUGGUCUUACACUAACUACUGCUGCUGAUACUGGUACUGCUACUACAAAUUGUAAUACUAUUACAAAUGCUGAUACUACUUCUACGACUCUAACAGAUCUUUAUACUACUACUGCUGCUUGUACUUUUAGUAUUACUACUACUGCUUGUACAACUAUACUACAGCCACUAUCAAUCAUCUGGUAUUUGGAUGUCAAGCUACUAGCUCGCGUUAGUGUUUUGCUAGUGGCUAACUAGUUAGCUCUCAUAGACUGGAAGCUCUCAACAAGAUUUAAUCAUGAAAAAAGAAACAAAAACUAUUCUUACCUAUGAAAAGUUAUUCCAAGUUUCCUUGUCUCAAUCGUACGACGUAGUGUGUAACUGUAUGCAGCACAGUGAGACGGCAUACUUGUUGUUUCUGUUUUCACGCUGUCUACAUCAACGGAAUGCACUGAAACUUUGCCCCCACUAGCUUAGCCUCGCUGUAGCACGCAGCUCAAAGGGACGCGUCCUAUCUACUCAUUCAUAUCUAUGCGCGUAACUGUCCGUACUUGCAUUCUCAGGUACUCGUGAAACAUCAUCAUCGAGACUGCAUCGGACCAGACUAGUGUGAGCCUUUGGUCCAAAAACGUCAUAGUCUUUUAAAAACACAUUUUUUUAACUUGGCGUAUGGCUCAGCUUAGAGCUGACUUUUACUGUACAACCUGUGUCUUGUGUCUUACUUUUAUACUAGCAUUAUUUUAUUUGUAUUUUUAUUUGGUUAUUUAUUCUUUUAUUCUAUUAUUUAAUGUGUACACCGCUUUGGUCGACAGUGUUGUAUUAAAGUGCUUUAGAAAUAAAGUUGGAUUGGAUUGGAUUGGAUAGUAUAGCAUGUCAUCCAAAAAAUGUCAGAGUAUAGCAUUUCACUCUAAAAAUGUCAUAGCAUAGCCUUUGGUCCAAAAAACGUCAUAGAAUAGCAUGUUGCUCAACAAAUGUCAUAGUAUAGCAUGUCGUCCAAAAAACGUCAUAGUUUAGCCUUUAGUCCACAAAACGUUGUUAUGUCCCGGAUGUCUGAAGUAGGUGAGGAGCAACACAAAAACAGUCCAAACGCUGGUUUCCAGAGGGUUAGAUGAGUAUUUAUUUGAAAGAGUAAGUUUACAACAACACAAAAUGUGAGGGGGUUAAAAGCAAAUGGGUGUUAGUAAAAUAAAUAUAAAUAAACAGAACUAAAAGUGAACUUCAUGUUGACAUUGAUGGGCAUUCAAACCAGGAACAAAGUAAAAGAUAAUCAAUAGGAAAAAAACUAUUUCUGUUCACCUCUUAAAACCCCAAAACACACCGCAGUAGCACCCUAAACUUAAACUACCAAUGGGUUCCCUGUUUUCCUUUCUGAACAUUUCAAAGGUCCCUCUCUAUCUCCCCACACAUCCACCAACCACUGGAACACAUCUCCAAAGUUCUGCUGGGCCAGCUCAGCUUCCCCUCAGAAGAAGUGCUGCCACCUGCCAGAUGAAGGAUCCUUUUGAGAGGCAGCUGGCAUCAUGAUUGGACUGUACUUUGGUCUGUUCCAGUCCAGCUUCAGCUCCAGAGACGGCAGGCGGGACGAGUCAACAGAGGCCUGGUGGACGAAGACAUGAAGCUGAGUACAAUGCAGAAAACAACAGAGGAGGAGUGCAGCAGCCCAGAGCCAGAACAACCAGAGUAGCAUGGUAUGUCUCCUAGAAAACAUCAUAGUAUGAAAAAAUGCCAUCAUUUACAUCGUAUAUUGUACAAAUAACAAGUCAAAGGAAAGAGACAUACAUUGUAGAAUUGUAGUAAUUGUGGGCUGCCUGAUUUACUGAUUAUCAGUAUUUUAUGUUUUACUGAUUUCCGGUAAUAAAUCAAUUUAAAAAUGG